CUACAACAAUGACAAUUACUGCUGAAGUUCACAAUGCAAAAUUAAGUUUAGCAAAGAAUAAAUGUUUGUCCCCACUUUUAUCCUCAAAGCUGAAACCAUCUCAACAUCGGAUUGAAAACCCAGAUGACAUAAUACUUUUAAGCUCAGAAACUGUUGAAGAAUUAGACACUAAUCAUUCUAAGCCAAAAGAUAUAGCAACAAAAAAGAGAAAAAUGGAAGAUGUGCUUAUAGAAGAGGUGAAGAAAAAGAAGUCAAGCACCUUGGGAAAAUCUAAUAAAAGUAUUCAGGAAGAUAAACAAUCUUUUACUCAGGACUUGAAGGUGUUAGAAUCAUCACCAGUAGAUGGAUUAUCUAAAGUGAUGCAAGAAAUAUUGUCAAGCUCUAAAUGUACACAAUCCACUCUUUGUUUUGGCAGAAGUGGUCUCUCUCUAUCUAAGACAGAAAUGAAGAAAGCUGAUUCUGUGAGUCACCCAUUGAUUCAAGAGGCAGCAGGGGUGAGCAAAAAAGUGAAACCAGGGCUCUCCCAAACACAUUCACUUCCCAAUAAAACUGAUGACCAGUCUGGUAUCAUUGUCUUGGAUGCAGAGGAGAAAGGAGAAAAGAGGCUUAAUAAAAGGUAUUAA